GUUUGGCAUACUUGUUUGUCGACAGCCUUGGCGCGGCUUCAGGCCGACUCCCAAAUGAGUGAGGAGAAAAGCAAUGGGGCGAAAAAAGCUUGCAGGCCCGUGUGAGAGUGUUUAAAGUCCCGUAUGGGAGAGGCUUGUUUUACUUCUAUCUCUCUUGCCUCUCCUUUUGCCUCUCUUCCCUGCUCCUCGCUCCCACUCUCUCUCGAGACAUAAAUUGGGAGUCUUUUCGUGUAUCAAAGAUGUGCCACAAUGACACGGAGAACAGGAUGGCCUUUCCUCAACCGCUUGUCCAUUGGUUAGCUAGCGCCGCUAUUAGUCGAUUCUGAUUGGUUCGUAUUCCACCCUUGCGGCCAAUCAAUGCUUUUGUUUACAUGCUUCGUAGUUCGCACUCGCGGCCAAUCAAUGCUUUUGUUUACAAGGGUUUGCUUCCGGGAGAACGGAAAGACGCUCUCGUUUACGGAUUAGAGACAUCAGUUAGAUUUUUCUCUCCUCAAGACCAUAGUUUGGAGAGCAACACGUCCAAAUACUCAGUUUUUUGUUUUGUUUUAUCUCACGAUGGUAUACUUGGUGGCGAACGCGACAAGGUCGUCCGCGUCUUUACGCAAGUUGUGGGUGGCGUCGCGGGGGUGGGCUCCACUCGGCCGGAGCGCCCGCAGCAGGUGCUUUGACGCGAGCCUCCCCCCCGCGCCGCCGUCCCCCCCGGAGAGCGCCCCCUGUCGUCCGGAUCCCCGCGCUCCUCCUCCUCCCCCCGCCCACUGCUGCAUGAGCGGCUGCCACAACUGCGUGUGGAUCGAGCACGCCGAGCAGCUGGUGGCCUUCUACAGCGACGACAGCGGCAGCGAGCGAGCGCUGGCCGCCGUCGAGGAGAACGUGCUGGACGACAACCUCAAGGCCUUCUUGAAGAUGGAGAUCCGACUCCUCAAAAAGACGUGAGCCCAGGCAGAACUUUCCGGCACGGUUUGGGAUUUCCUGUCUGCGAGCAAGGCGGUUGUCGCCGGAACGCGGCGACGAGACGCCCGACGGCUCGUCAUCAAGUCUGGUCGCGAGGCGCCUCGACCCGUAAAGCUGGCGUGCGCAUGCGGUACCAUUGAUUGCAUCUGUCUCGUUAAUUAAACGGUGCCACAUCCAA